UGCUCUCCUGUCUUUUGCCUUUUUUUUUUGCGUAGAGCACGCACUAGAGCCAACUGUAUGUUGUUAACUUGAAUUUGUCUCCUUGGAGAUAAAUGGUCACGCACCAUGAAGAGGAGCGCAAGAGACGCAAUGAACAACGCAUUUCUACAAUUUAGACCGGCAGGCCUAGGUAAUUAAAUAUUACAAAAAACAAACAUCUAGUCUAUUGUAACUCUUGUUUUAAUUAGUUUAAUUAUGUUACAUAACAAAUUCGAAACAGACUAAUUAGCCUACGCAAAACACUGUGUUCAGGUGCAAGCGGUGUUGUAGCAAUGCACUUUGGACACUGCAUUGAAUCUAUUGUAGGUCGACACAUAAAGGUCCAGACGUCAUCUCGAUAUCCUGUUUUAACUGAUAUUUGACCAUGUCACAAACUAACGUUAAUUAAUUAAGCUUACAAAACGUACAUUUCUUUGAAUUUUGGUUAAGUCUAUAAACUGGGAUGAACCAGAUUUAGCCUAAUAGUCAUAACUUUAAUUUAUUUUUUCAAAUUGGCCUACAGCUAGUUGUUUCAAAUUAUAACCAAUGUCCAUGUUCGGCCUAGACUAGGCUAUUUAACGAGAAUACACAUUUCACUCGAGCCUAAUGAGAAUACACAUUUCACUCGAGCCUAUAGGCUAGCCUAUAUCAGUGAGUCUGGUUUGCUGGGUCCUAUUAGUUAGUAUUCCUGCCCUAUGGGUGUGCAGUGUUGCCAGCCACGUCAGGCCUGUAGCAACUGCUCCGCUCGUCUCUUGUCUCACCAAGGCAAGGUUAGAUACACGCUGGAGAAACUCGAAGAAAAAGACCUUGGGAGCAAAAUCGGCAUAUUGGCAACCAGGAAUAGAUUUCCAGUCGGUUUCCAGUGGGUUAGUGAUGAAGCAGGUGUUAGAAUUGCAUUAAGUGACAUUGCUUUUUUUAUUUCGACGUUUUUGCGUUUCCAAAAGAGAGGGUUUGCAUACAUUGCUGAAGAUCCUAUUCAAUCCGUCUUAUUAGUGUUUAAUGGAAACGCGCAAUUAUAAGAAAUGGUUGCAUUUGGUGAAUGCCAGUGAAUGCGAUUGCUUUCCACCGACCAACACAGCGGCGGUGCGCUAGGAAGGACACUUCAGCUAGCUGGAUCCCGGGUCGGGUGUGUACAUAGGCUUCCGUUACCGUAUACUAUCAGCUGUAGUGAAGGUGACUCGCGCCCCCUUUGCAGUCGAGGCAAUGCGGAGAGGAGUCGCGAGCGCUCAUCCGGUACUUCUGCGCUCUGAGGAAUGCCUGCAAACAUUUCUGCUUUUUCUUAGACUUUCUUAGAGAGAGAAAAAUAUCAGCUUUUUCUUAGACAGCAGAGAGAGAGCAAGAAUAAACCACAGAUAAACUGUCUCGUCACCAAAACAGCCUAGCCCACAAACGAAAGAGAGAACGGGAUAUUGGUGGUGGUGGUGGGGUUUAACGUUCUGUAUUAGAGCUGUUUUACUACUGGAUGUGUAUGCAUGAGUUCUGCACCGAAUGGGCGCAAGGACCGCCCCAGAUCCGCCGGGAACAUCUUCCAGAUCGGCAAGGCUUCCUACCGAGACCCGGAGAGGAGGGAGAGCACGGAGAGCACACGCAAAGCCCAGCGCGCGGUGACAGACUGUAGAAUGAUCGUCCAGGAGUUUAACACACUUGUGGCUCUGUAUCGUGAACUGGUCAUCUCCAUUGGCGAGAUCUCCGUCGACUGCCCCUCAAUACGGGCCGAGAUGCACAAGACGCGAACUAAAGGCUGUGAGAUGGCAAGAGCUGCACACCAGAGCCUGUCAGUCAUUUCGGGGCCUGAGGACGGAGAGAUCCACCCAGAGAUCUGCAGGCUCUUCAUCCAGCUGCAAUGCUGUCUGGAGAUGUACAUCACGGAGAUGCUCAAGUCUGUCUGUCUGCUGGGGUCCCUGCAGCUCCACAGGAAAGGGAAAGAUUCCUGUGGGCCUUCCAGGAUUGACAGUAAGGUAGAUGAGAGCUCAGACAUACCCAUUCUAGAAGACACCUCCUCCUCCCCAAUGGAUUGUCAUCAGCUCUGCUGGCUAGUCGCCACAGACAUAGACAAUACUGAGAGGGAUAUGAGAGAGAUGAAGAACCUUCUCAGUAAACUCAGGGAGACGAUGCCUUUACCACUGAAGAACCAAGAUGACAGCAGCUUGCUGAACCUGACUCCUUACCCACUGGUCGGACAGAGGAAGAGGCGGUUCUUUGGGCUCUGUUGCCUGGUAACCAGCUAAGGGCCCCGCCUUCCUGGGUUGAAGGAGCAACGGUGACGUUUUACUUCAAGUGUAGUUCAUGGCACAACCAUAAGUGUCCAAAGAAAAUCGUAGUGUCAUAAGACAUGCCAAAAUGUGACAACAUUUUUAUAAAAACUUAUGUUAACUAGAAUGAAUUAUAUUUGCCUGUCAUGACCAAUAUAUUUAUUUGCUUUAUGACAUAGUGUCAUAAGAUAGUCAUAGUCAUAACAGUGCCCCAUAACGGAAAUAGCAUAGUAUGUAAUGUUUUGGAAUGUGUUAUGACACUUUACGAUGCAAUUAUGACACUGUUAUGUAUGUGUGAUGAACAACACAUCACGUGAAGCAUUACUUUGGCAACAAAGACACCAUUAACCACAAUCCUUCACCACUUGUGUCUCCCACCGAUCUAUUACUGCCAUUUCCAAUAUACGAUUACAUUUCUCUCUUUUGUUAAAAAGGCUACCUACCCCAUUUUUUAAUAAUUUAAUUUUGUAAUACAAAGAUGAAUUGUAAUUGCAAUGUAAUGAAACGAAGAGUCAUAAACAUAUUUUAAAUGUAUUACAACUGAGUUUUUUUUUUGUUUGUCAGAGGUUUUCAGGAGAGAGGGACCAUUUUAAACAGUAGGCAGGUUUCCAUUGACCCAGGUUUAUUCGACAAAGCCAAAGUCGCAAAAUAAAAAUAUUGCGACGUGUGUAAUGAAAAUGGCUGAUAUUGUCCUGACUUUCAAGAAUACCUGAAUUGUUUCUCCUUGCUUUUCUGGUUGCCAGGAAAGUUUCACAAUCCAAUUAUUUCAGAUCUACAGGAGUGAAAGUUUCAAAUAUGGCUAAUAUUAGUCAAUUUAUUGCAUUCUUUCCAUGCUGGCUUUUGCGGGCUACCUGAGACAUGAAACAAAUAGCUGGCAUACAGGCUGUCGCCAAUUUAUUCAUGUGUCAUUUGCCUAAAUGGGUAAUGGAAACGCUUCAACCACUACAUUUUGUUUGACACGUUAGGUUUUAACGGAAAAAAAUAUAUUUUUUAGGUGUGACGUCAUUAUGCCCAGCUGUUUUUAUCGACACAAGAUAGUAAAAUUGAAACCAAGUGACAAGUUAAUGGAAACACAGCUACUGUCGACAUUAUUUUCUUCCAUACAGCUGAAUUGAUGAAUGAAUGGUGUGUGUGGGACACAAUAUGAUCUGCAAGUUGGUGUCAAAAACAAUGUUACCAAGUACAACACUUGCAGUAUAUAUGGACACACUGCUAGAUAGAAGAAGCAGACCAGAGCACAGAAAGUCUUGUGUUUCGCUCUCUGUUUUCCAUUUCUUACCGUCCCUGUACUUUCUGUACUGACCUUUUUAUUUAGUCUUCCAGGAACAAAAAACCUGCACCCAACUUUUACUUUCCAUCUUCAAGGAGGAAUAUACUAUAUACAAUACUCAAAAAAGAUGAACUCCUUUGCACAUGCAAUAUCUAUCUUUAAAUUGAGACCUUAGAAUUGUGUAUAUACAUACUCUCUAAGCGAUGCGCUCGGACUUAUUUUCCAGGUUGGGAUAGUGUGGUGAAGUCUUGGUUGGCAUAAGCAGGUGGCGUCUCCCUCUGUAAGGCACAGUCAGUGCGGGGCAGUGGGGACUGAGCAUGGGUCUUGCUUAUUAAUAAUAGUGCUAAAUGUGUAGGGCAUGGAGAAGGUACUGUAGUCAAAGCUGAAAUAAAAAGUUAUGUUAUUUUACAUUGUUAAUAAACUUUUUUAUUUAAACUGA